GCUUCAAGUAGAUGCAAGCGCCUCACAAGCAGACGCGAGAUGGAUUGUCGGACCUGAGGUCGUCCGCCACUUCGUAAUUUUCUUUUUCAUCAGUGAACUGUGUUUUUCUUGGCAAUAUCUUGAAGGCGGGUAUUACUUAAAACUUAUCAUGUUCUGUUGUAUGACAGUUCCGGCUGUGGAGGAAGACAAACCCCUUGUAGUAGACUUGAAAAAAAUUAUCUGCGACAAGGCGUGGAAGAGCUACAGUUCAACCUUCACAUUUUGCCAGAAAAGGUUCCUGGAUAGAGACAAGUUCAACUUCGAAGUCCCAGAAAAUUUUUUUCUCUUCGAAGACGUGCAGCAGACGAUUCGCCUCAGGAAAAGUCCCGUGCUUGCCCCAGAUGCUUCUCCAGUGCCACGAGAUACACAAGUUUCUCAGAAUGAUUCUUUACAAAUCAAAAAACAUUGUCCUCAAGAUUUAACGAGGCCAGAAGUGUUGUCUUUAGAUACAGUCUUCAACAACGACACUGCCGAGAGUCAGAUGUACAAAUUUCGAUUUGAGAAAACACGACGGACUGAAAUUUCUGUGUCCUUCCAGAAAGGUUUCACCAUUGGCGGCAAGGCCAACUUCAGCAUCGGCAUCCCAAAGCUACUAGGGGACGGUAACAUCGGAGCAGAGAUAGAAAUGCAGUAUCAGGUAUCCAAAUCUGAAGGUCAAACUUUUGAGGAGACGAUGGUGAUGGAGGCUACCAGCGACAUCAAAGUCGGCCCCAAGAGCUGCUACACGGCCAACGUGCAACUCGAAGAGAAAUCCCUCAACGCCGAUUUCACCGUGGUCACGCGGAUGUCCAUCCCUCAGGGCAAAGCUCCAGUCUACAUCAAGAGAAAGUCUGACGGCGAGGUGGUCUUCGUCUACAACGUCAAAAACUUGGUGGACACCUUCGACAAGGAGCUGGUGCCUUGCGCGGUGCCGGAGAAGACCGAAGGCAAGGACGACCCAACCAAAAUUAACUUCGUGACAGAGGGGGUCUUGAAGGGGACGAUGGCGUGCAAUCACAAGAUACAGCUCAGCAGUGACGAGCCUGAGGAUAUUAAGAACCAGGCUUUAGCCAGAGCUUGGGACACAAACGAAGGGAAUCCAAGACAUUUAAAGGCAUAAUUUACUUUGUUAUUAGUCGUCGUUUUAAUAAUUCUGGAAUAGUCAUUGCACACAGCCCAGUUGUCUACGUUGAAUUGUGCAGUGUAUGCCAACUAAAAAUAUCGGUAAUACCUUGAAUUUCUUGUAAGCUUUGUAAAAAUGUUUAAAAAUCGAUACUUAAAUCGUGCAUCUAACGUACGAGAGGAGUACCCUAUUUGAGAAAUGUGUUAAAUCAUUUCGUCAGACUUCAAAUUGUUUCGGUGAUAUUAAUUCGAAUUAGCUUUCAUUUAUUUAAAAGUUCAUUUCUUGAUUUCGUCGUACAAGAUCCAACUAUUCCAGGGAAAUAAUCAAGUAAUAGAUCUUUUGUGUAAGACAACUGACAACUAAUCUUGAGUACAAACAAUUCUUCCUUAAAAAUUGUGAAAUUUAGCGACUUUUCAUAACACAAACAAAUGGGUAUUCAAACUUUGAAGUAAUCAUUAAGUUAGCUUUUGCUACUUGUAGAUCUUUUCAAUUUUUUUUUAAAUUGUACAAAUAUUAUGCCAUUAUAAUUUUAUGUACAUUGACUUUUGUAUACCAACUGUGAAUAUGUUUAAUUUAUUGCAGUAUGGGCUGUACAUAUAGGAUAACCUCGGAUAUAAAUAGAUGUUUCCGUUUGUGUUUGGUUUGUUUAAGCUUUGUGUGUACGAGUGUUUCAAAAAAAAUUGUUUAAAUAUAAUUAUUUAUGUAUUAUUUAUACAUAAUGAGCUGUCAGUUAUAGAUCUGAUAAUAUGUAGACUAUAAUGUACAUUCCUUAGGUUUGAGCGCCUAUACUUUAUACAUGUAUCUGCAAAUCAAAACAAUCAAAUCACGUGACUUGUAACUUCUAUUUUUAGCGUGUGUCACGAUGUCCUCAGCUCACAAACGGGUCAAAUGUUAUAUUGAGCUUUGACGUCAUAGUCAUUUAUAUGUGGGCUUAAAUACUACCGAUAGGCCUAGAAUAUUGAUAAUAAUUUUUUAAAAUCUAGUUAAAGGAAUAUUAAAGCUAAACAAAAAACGUUUUCAAAAUAAAAAGUAUCGUAGGCCUACUCUCCUCUUCCUCAAAAUAAAAGAUCUAGAUCUAAAUUAUUAUUCUUCUUCUAGACAGCUUUUUGCUGCUAAGCUGUGAGCUCUUUUGCACACUGUGUCAAAGAAAAAUAGUGUGCUGUCCUCCAGAUCUAGAUUCAUAUAUAUAUAAAAAAAAAAGAUAUACAUAAAUAUAAAUUGACAUUUCGGAUACGUAGAUUUCAAGUUUACUUUGAUGUUACACUUUGUUUUCCAAAUUUAAAAAGAAAUGAUUAGAACAUAAUUCCUCUCCACUAGAAGAAGAUUAUUUAGAAACUGUCAGCAGAGGCGGCCUUGUGAGGGGUGGCGAGCGUGGCAACUGCGCCAGGCCCCAUGCCUAAGGGGCAGCAGCGUAGUUAGAGUGGGGUAGAAGGGGGAGAAUUUGAAAAUCCCCUCGGGCACCCACUUGAGCCCGCCCCCCCCCCCAAAUGAGUGUUUUUUUACAUAAAAAAAUUAUUACGCAAAAUGCAGGGGCCCUCAAAGAGGUCAAGCCCCCGUGCCCCCAAACAAUGGAAAAUUCCUAGUUACGCCCCUGCUAAGGAGAGCUUGCAAUAAAGAGAACCUUUUGCCACCGUCCGAGGCGCGGUGGAUGAGUGGUAAAGUGCUUGGAUUCUGAACCAGAGGGUCCCGGUUUCAAAUUAUAGUGAAAACAGGUAUUUUUUUAAUUUCGGGAUGCUUAUGGUGCCCCCAAGUCCAAACAGCUCAAAUGAGUACAUGACACCCUCGAUACAGGUGACCUUUACAUCUUCUGUUCUAUAGACCGCAUGGUCUGAGGGGAAAACUUUACUUCUUUGUCCCAGUCAGCCAGGAUCCCGCGCACUCUUAAGGUCGCUUUUGUCUGAGGCAACACUUGCAGAAAGUUCUGCUUCUUUAUUUGACCAAGGCCGUCAUUAAUCACGAAGGUCACGAUUGGCUAGAGUGCUUUGUAUUGCAUUUAUGCUAUUUAUGUGUUGAACUAUAUUUAAAGAGCAUUUAGUACACGGUAAUUUCCUCGUUGUUGGUGUCUUUUUUUUAUAUAAAUAAUAUACUAAAUUGCGAAACGUUUGUUGGAAUGUACACGCAUUUGGAGAUCGUUUUGUACACAUCCACUACUGGCUUUAAAAAUCAUUAUUAGCAAUACAUAAAUUAACAACUUUUUAUCUGUUGUAAGUUAAAUAAUAAAAAAAGAAAAAUGUAUUUUAAAAUCCUUUUUAAAAAGCUUAUAUUAAGCCGUAAUUGUAUCACUUAGUCUGGAGCAGUCAUGUAAUUAAAUUUGUAAUAAAUCUAGACAACAAUAAUAAGCCUGUGCCACCUCUAGGCCUACUUUUUGGAGGCGCGGUGGCUGAGCGGUAAAGCGCUCGGCUACCGAACCGGGGUCCUGGGUUCGAAGACUGGGAUUUUUAAUCUGGACCAAAACCAAAACGAAACAUUGUGAUCAAAAAGACAAUGGUAAACCAAUGCAUAUGCACACAUAUCGAAGACGCUGUCACUAUGGAGUGUUGGUGAUCAAGAAGUAUGCCUUUUUGUCAGACAUAUACAUAGUCCCUAACAAGUGAUCUAAAAAAAAAGAUGAAAUAAAUAGACUCUUUUUACAAAGCGUAUAUGUACUCACUCUGUCUGCCUGGAAGAAAGUUUGUACACGUUAUUUCCCCCUCACCUAAUUUCGGAUCAAGCUGAAAUUUCGCACAAUUGUUUCUAUUACCUGACAAAACAAGAAUCAAUUUAAAAACUUAACCAGUUAGUUAAUUAACUAUUUGUAAUUAAUUAUUUUGUUUAGUAUCGAACAAUGGAAAGAAAUUUUAACUUGGCUGAUGUGGUGGGAUACGUUGAAUUAGUCCCCUUUAUACUUUGUAGACAGACAUAGUUUGCUGCUUUGAAGUUUGAAAUUUACAAUAGAUAACUGUAAAACUUUUUAUUUUUCCUAAACCUUCUGUUUUUCAACCAGGCACAGAUGUUAGUGUGUUGGCUUGAGGGGGCUUGAACCCUUGUAUUCGAAUCCGGAUACUUCAACUUUAUUUUUUAAAAUGCAUAUAAAAAGCAAUUUCGGAAACAUUUAUACAGAUAUCCCUUCUUUCUCACCCCACCAUUUCUCAACUGGUCCAGGAGCUCCGGGUAAAUCGACAGGAAAACGCGGGAAAUCUGUUAUAUGUUAUAAAAUGGUUUAAUUUAAUAAUGUAUACCCCUACAAUUAGCGCGGGUCCUAUGAAAGUGCGGGGCCCACUGCGGUCGCCUAUGUUACAAUGGCUUAAGGCCGGCCCUGCAAAAUAGCGGCGUAUGUUACGCAGCCGUCAACUAAUACGUUUUAUUUAUUUUAUUAAUCAAUUGUAUUUAGAUCACAAUCACAUACAAUACAUACAUAAAUACAUACCUAUACAGACUAUAUAUAGAUCUAGGUCUGUGAUUUAGAUCUAAUAAAAUUAUUUUACUUCAAACAGUAAAAAGUUGAAAAUAAACGUUAUUAAAAGAUUUCGCUUUCUUUUAGAUCCUGCCCAGUUGCUUUUUCCUAUUUCUCAUAGCUUUUUUUUUUUUUUUUUUGGAGUACUUCCAAAUUCCAGAAUAGAAGAAAUUAUUUUUUGAUUAGUCAAUGUCCAAACCUAGACUCUAGACUAUAAACAUUAUUGAAUUGAGCUAAAUCUACGUCUAGAUAUAUCUUUGGCUAGACAACCCUGGUCUAUGUCUGUUCAGAUCAAUGUUUUCAGCUUUUUAAAAAUAACAGAUUUUAAAACUUUCUAGACAAUUAGUUCUACUGGCCUACUGCUACUGGUAAUAGAUUGUUCAUUACAUCAAAGUCUAGCAACACGCUCCAACCAAUGGCAACCUCAACCAAUGUUGGUGUGAAAGAUAAAGGAACAAAUGGAAAACUCACUUUUGACAUUCCCAGUAGCUUACAGAGUGGUGAUUGUAGCUUCUUUUUCAAAACAGAAGGAGAUCAACAGCAAGGAAUUUUUCAGUUAAAGGUGAAAGACGAGUUAGUCAGAGAAAAUGUUUCACUGCCUUUUGCAUCAGGAGCUUUAAAAAUUUUGAAACAAAAGAAAAAGAAUGACUGCUAUGUGGUGGAAAUAAAGAAAUCAAAAGAAGUUGACCUAAAAAAUCUUUUUGAUUAAUCUUCAACAUACUAGCUGCUAGAAACAUAAUGAUAAACAUUUGGUGUGUAGGUUAUUACUUGUGUAACUGUUGCCACUCUGCCAUCAUUUCAAAAAUUUAACUCUUAAUACGAUUACAUAUUUAGAACGGUAUGUUCAAGACUUGUAGUUAUGUAGACCAAUGCAAAGUCUAGAUAAUAAAGUAGGCCUAUAAUAGAGGACAAUCAUGCUUUGAUUUUUUCGUGUAAGAAUAAUUGAACCAUGAACAAAUAUAUAUUUAUAAAUUGUAAUUAUUUUUUAUAUUUUUUCAAAGUGCCAAUAAAAGCAAAUAAUUGAAGCAGUGGCCCUGUAAUAUAGAAAGAUUAUCCCUUUUAGUUGGGGCUAACUUUUUGUAGCAGUCUAUUUAUCUGAUCACUUGUGCAUGUAAUGCUGACAAAAAAAAAUAAUUAUAAGCUCUCUGGUCCAAUUUGUGUGUGUGCAAAGAAUGGGUCUUCCCUUUCAUACAAAAAAAUUAUUAUUCCUAUCUCUGUUGCUAAUCUAAGACCUGGACCUAAGAACUUAUCACCAAUUGGCCAUUAAAAAAAUGACAGCCAGCAUCUUUGUCAAAAAUUGUUCUUUACUAGUACCUGACCUCCAGGCUAUUAAAAACAUGAAAGCUUAAGUAAAUGACCUCAUUGACCUGUCUUAAGAUCAUGCAAGAAAGAUCUGAAAGAAAAUAUAGCAUGAAAAAUUCUGCGUAAAUAAUAUGUCCAAAAUCAGAUAACAUAGAUGCAGAAGUUCUGGUUUCUUUAAGAUGUAUUGGCCUCUGUAAGCACUUGCCUGUUAAACAGAAAGCUGUGUUUCAUAUGGUGGUAGGGAUGUUUGCUUAGAUGCUCGCUCUAAAUAUUUAGACCAGCUGACUUUAAUGGACACGUGACGUGAAAUGGGGGAUAGAAAAUAUUGAUGGUCAUCGUCACUGUGCUGGCCACAUGACAGGCUGUAAACCAUUGACCAUAGACCUUCCCUUUAAAUUGUAGUUCUGAAGUACUUAGCCAUUUUUUUAAAACAGAAUUUUAUUGUCUGUUAAAUAAAUAUCUGAUUUUUUUUUUCAACAUUUUUAAUACAAUCACACAAGUGCUGACAUGUUGAUGUUAUGUUUAUUCAUAUUUUGCAUUUCUAGUUGUUUUUAUUAGCAUUUUAUUUUACUUUUAUAUCAUAUUUUUACUUGCAUAACAUUUGGACAUCAGGUUGUUAAAUGUUAAGCUAUGUUUUAACCCAAACAUGGGUGUCUGUUAAAUGUUAAGCUAUGUUUUAACCCAAAAAUGGGUGUCUGUUAAAUGGCUUUUAAUAGUUGGACAUGUUUCUCUCCUAGUUUGUUUAUCAGAUUGACCUGACCUAUUGUAGAUGGAACUAAUGCUUUAGUCAUAGGCUUUUAAUUGUAUAUUGCAAUUUUAUACAAAUAUUAUUAGAUCACAAUGACAGAACCAAAUACUGUUGUAGUAAGUGUGAUACUUGGUUGUUGUAAGUAAACAUUCUAUAGUUUCUUAGGUAAUGUUAUCCGCUUGAUGUGCUGUUUGUUUUUUAAGCUUGGCAUCCGCUGCCAUGAGCAAACUGUGAAAAAUCAGCUUCCAAGUAAAAUUAAAGGUAUAUUCUUCACUAGUGGUCGCUGUACUCUUAUACGGUUGUGAACGUUGGACACUGACCACACCGAACACUAAGGCUGAAAGAAGAAUUCAAAAAUCCGAGCCUUCGAAAGUAAAUGCUACAGAAAAAUGCUCGGUAUCAGAUGUCAGAAAAGGAAGAUAUUUUACUGUCAAGGGACAGAAGAAAAGUUUUUUUUUUUAGAUAUAAAUGUAUUAAUUGUUUUUGAAGAAAACAAAAGUUUUUUUCUCCAUAGAUUUUUAAUCAUUAUGCUUUUAGAAAUUGUGUUUUAUUUGUAAACACUUAAGUUUGAUGAAAAAGGCCUAAAUUUAGGUCAGGGAGAAAGUCUUACAAUGGAAAUUAUAAUCCUUUGAAUGUCCAUUAAGUUGCGUUGUGGACAAUAAGUGAGACAUAUCUGGAAUAUUUCUUUUGUUUUGUGUUGAUUCAAAACUAGGAAUCUGCUUGGUAACUAGCUUCCUACAUAAUCUCUGACCUUUUACAAAUCAAUGCAAUGAAAGCCAUUAAUAAAGUCAUUUGUUGGUCUACAGUCAGCAGAUCUUAAUUACAUAUUGGUUAUCAAUUGCUCAUUGUCACAUUUGUAUAGGUAGUUGUGAAAAUGUAUGACUAAACUGGCAUUUUGUUUUGUUAGCUGCAUUUUGGGUUUUAAUUUGAACUAAACUAAAAUUAUUUUUUUUGUCCAAUGCAGUCAUCUUAAUUGUGAUUUCUCAUUUCAUCAUUUACUUGACUUUUUACUUCAUGAAUGGUUGUAGUGGAGAAUACUGUGUAUGUAUUUCCUGGGGUCAGAUCUUUAUUGACUAAACGCCUAUUUGUUAAACAAGUGUAAACUUGUGAUGAGACAGAAUGUCUGUUAUUAUUAUUUUAAGUAUGUCAAUAUUUCUUAAUAUACAAUUACUUUUUGUUCAUACUUUUGCUAAAUUUGGUGUUAUGGAAUAAAUAGUUUCAACCCA